AUGUUAUUAGACGAAAAACAGCAAGAAAUAGAAUUAUCGUUUGUUGAACGUAUUUAUCAAACCUUUAUCAAUGUACGCAAACGUCUAAUUUCAUUAUCAGUUUUAUUUAAAGAAAAUGAAAAAGUUUAUUGUAAUGAUUCAGAUUCGGACGAAGAAAUGUUUAUGGGACCAUUUCCAUCAGAUAAAGAAGAAAUUGAAAAAUGUUUAAUAGAUGUCGAUCGAAUUCUGGAACAUUUAGCGAGUACAAAAGAUUUGCAAGAACAAUUUCCUUCGUUUCCAUUAUGUAAAGAUGGUUGGACAAUAAGGCGUUUUGUAGACGUAGCAAAUUUUGAUCCAACGAAACGGCGUAAAACAGUGCUAAAUUGGAUAAAACUACAAACACUUACGGCGUGUGAAGAUGCUCAGAAGAAUAAAUAUUCAUUGCGAAGAAAUUCAUAUUCAACUCGACAAACGAUUGAGAAAGAACUGCUAUUUGAUCAUGAACAUGUGAAUGGUAUUAAUUUUUUAAGUAUUUCAUCAGUCCCAACAGCAACAAUAACAACAACAGACGAAAUUACGCUAUCACCAACUAAUAACGUUUAUGAUUUAAAUCUCCUAGAUUUACCAAAUGAAAUUCUCAUUCACAUAUUUUCUUAUUUGACACCGUGUGAAUUAGUACCACAAUGUGCUUUAAUUUGUCGAAAAUUCUACACUAUUAUUCUCGAUCAUUUAUGGACUAAAUUAGAAUUAAGAAAUUUAAUAUCUGUUUAUGAUGUUGCUUGUCUGUUACAGUCUGUACCAUUGUUAAAAUCUUUAACAUUUGUUGAAUGGAAUGAAUUAAGUCCCAUUACAUGGUGUAUUUGGCUUCAUAGUAUGAACGCUCAAAUUCGUUCUAUACGUUUUCAAUCAACAACAUUAAAUCCAAUAUGUGUUGCAUUACUCGUUGAACUAUUACCAAAUUUUGAUACAAUUAUAUUUGAUUAUCAAAAUAAAGCAUUUGAUAAGUUCGAUCUUCUCUUAACAUUACUUGCCGAUAAAUCAUCGUUAAAACGAAUAACAGCAUCAUAUCAAUUGGGUAUCUCAAAUUUUGGUAUCUUACAAUUAGUAACAAAAUUACCAAUAUUAAUUGAAUUAAAUUUACUCUAUGUUGAAGCGAUUAAUGAUGAAACUGUACGUAUCUUAUGUGAAAAGCACAAAGAUCAUUUACAAAUAUUAAAAAUUGAUGGUGCUCAAUUAACGGAUAAAUCGUUGAUUUACAUUGGAAAAUGUAAAUUAUUAAAAGCAUUAAUGAUCGAAUUUUGUAGUGGAAUGAACGGUGAAUAUUUUUCUGUUAUUGGAGAUCUUUCUCAAUUAGAAGAACUUUGUUUAUCAAAGUUAACACUUAUUCCCCUUCAAGCGUACGAAUCAAUAUUUUUUGAUCACUUCUUUCCUCAUAUGAGUGUAUUAAAACUAGGCGAAUGUCAAUGUAUAAAUGAUGCUUGUGUCGAAUUAAUUGUAAAAGCAUGUCCAAACUUGAAAGAUUUAACAUUAGCAUGGUCACCCGAUAUUACAGACAUUGGAUUUGAAACAAUAUGUAUUGGAUGCAAAAAAUUAACGAAAUUAUCUGUACUUGGAUGUUUUCGAAUUGUUGGUACGUGUUUGAAUGAUGUACCAGACAAAUAUUUAAAAUAUAUCAAACAUCUUAAUUUUGAACAAUGUAAUCAUACGAGUGAUGAAUUAUUAACUGAUUUAUAUAAACGUAAAAAUGAUUUAUUUAUUAUUAAUUAUUAUGGAACGUGUGUUGAAACUGAUGAAAAUUAA